AAAACUUUCUAAAAAAUGUUUGUAAUUAUAUAGACCAGCCAACGAGCGAAUCGGUCAUUGGUUCCCUCCCCAAUUUCUCUGUGGCAUGAAUUCUCUAAUUGCCUACGGAGUCGACGAUAAUGACCUGGAUGAUGCCGCGUUGUGGGCGGUGAUCGAUUCCGCUGCCGCCGCCUCCAUCACCUCCAGGACGGCCACCGUCGCCACAGUUCAACAAUGUAAACCUCUUGCUGUCAAGCACUCUCCUACUGUCCCCUUCCCCUUAUCCUCCCCCCAAUGUGGGCUUUCUAAAAGCCCUAGAAAGCAUCCUCACCCUGAUGGCGAGGUCUUCAAUCAAGGCUCGAAUAAAACUACCAAGUUCAACAGUCCGGCUUCUUCGUAUCGAAGCGGCAUGGGUACGCCACCUCUGGCAAUGGUGAAACACCAGCAACGCACCGCGGCUACGCCGGUUCAUUCCUCUCCUCAGGAAACAAGGUAUCCUGUUACAGAAUACGGUUACUGUAGCAAUAGUCCAGUUAGCUCUGAGUGUUCCCCGGGAACGAAAAUGAACCAUGGAAGAUGUGAUGAUAGAACAGGAAUUACAAGGCAUAGCUUGUGUGGUCAGUUCCCGUCAGUGGAUCUGUUCAAGGAGUACCAAAAUGCAGCAAUGGCGGUCCUCAGCCUCAAGGUGUUCUCUAUAUAUAAUAUCAUUGUGACUACCUUUUGGCAUUCCUCAACUGCGACUGUGUCUUGGAAUGCAUAUACUAUUGUCAGGAUGGAGGAAAAUAUCAUUUUACUUCAACGUAUCUUAUGAAAUCAAAGACAAGACCAUUGAAUUUGAUGACAACCGCAAUGUUGUGCGAGCUGAAUUUGUGGUUCGGGCAUAUAUGCAGGGGGGUAGGUUUUCAGAUGGAUGGGGUUCGUGUGAGAGGCGCGAGAAAAGAUUCAUGAAACCAAAUCAUGACAUUCCAAGUACAGCAGAAACAAGGGCAAAAAAUAAAGCUUGCCAGGAUCUGCUUGGAAUUGGAGAAUAUCGGCCUGGUGUUAGCCGUUCUUAGUACUAGGAAUUACUACGUAGUAUUUUUUUCAAAGUGAUUAUUGUCAACAGAACUUACCUAGCUCUAUAUUUUAUAUGCUCAUGAUUCAUGAGCCUCUAACUUCAUUAUAAUCACCCCAAGCAGCUUAUUUUAUUCAUUCAAUCAUUUCACUGUGCUAUCUAGGUGGGUACUUUAUUUCAUCCGUAUGCAUCACCCCUCUUGAUGGAGUAUACAAUGGUUAUAUGACACUGCUGUCCGAUUCAGAGAUUACUAUUACUAUGGUUAAUAAUUGUAUUGUAUCAAUACAUCCACUUUGACAUUUUGUGUGUGUGUUUGCAUGUAUAAAACAGUCGAUGUAAAUGGUUUAUUUUACGGAGUAACUAAUUUUCAGGCAUCAAUCAACAGAAUCACCCUUGGGC